AUGGGCACACGUAGCUUGAAAGUUAGAUUAUACUGCUCACCGGUAACUAAGGAAUUGCUGUUGACUAGCUGGAAAUACAAGUUUUGGGAGAAUCACAUUGUUGCACUGGAAGUUGAAACUCCAACUCAGAUUUCUUUAGUGGAUGAAACAUCUGGUGAGAAAGAAGAUAUAGAGGUGACACUUCUGCCAGCUGGUCACUGUCCAGGAUCAGUCAUGUUUUUGUUUGAAGGUGAAAAUGGCACUGUGCUGUAUACAGGGGAUUUCCGGCUUGCAAAAGGAGAAGCAGCCAGAAUGGAGCUUUUGCAUUCGGGGACCAGAGUAAAAGACAUCCAGAGUGUGUAUUUGGAUACCACUUUUUGUGAUCCCAAAUUUUAUCAUAUACCAAGCCGGGAGGAGUGUUUAAAUGGGAUCUUAGAGUUAGUGCGAAGCUGGACCUCACUAACUCGCUAUCAUGUUGUGUGGUUGAACUGCAAAGCUGCUUACGGAUAUGAAUAUUUAUUCAUAAACCUCAGUGAGGAACUUGGAAUCAAGGUGCAUGUGAACAAACUUGAUAUGUUCAGAAACAUGCCAGAAAUCCUCUACCACGUUACUACAGAUCGACACACUCAGAUUCACGCCUGUCGACAUCCUCAGGAUGAUGACUGCUUUCGAUGGAGCAGGCUGCCCUGUGGGAUGACUUGCCAAAAAGGAACUCCCUUGCACGUAAUCAGCAUCAAACCCUCCACCAUGUGGUUUGGAGAAAGGAUCAAGAAAACCAACGUAAUAGUGAGGACUGGGGAGAGUACGUACAGAGCUUGUUUCUCUUUCCACUCUUCAUACAGCGAGAUUAAGGAUUUCCUAAGCUAUAUCCGUCCUGUGAAUGUGUAUCCCAAUGUACUGCCAGUGGGUGGGACAGAAGACAAAGUUAUGGAAAUAUUGAAGCCGUUAUGCAGGUCAUACAGGAGAAACAUGGAACCCAGGUACAAGCCCUUAGGAACACUGAAGAGAGUCCACAAGAGAGACUUAUCUGAUACAGACGAAGAUGAUCUCUUUGAUACAGAAUUAACUUCUGCAAGGCCUAAGGUUCCGAAAGAGCAGAGAGAAGAGAGCAGGCCCUCCAGCACAGAACAACCUGAAAAUGCUGAAGGAAAUAUUAGUGACAGCACAGAAAGUUACAAAGCGACCACAACUUACACCUCCUCCAAGGUAGACUUCAUAGACUGCGAGGAAUCAAAUGAUGAUGAUGAUGAAGAUGAAGAAGAAUCUGAAAAAAAUGCAGCUCAAGUUCUUUCCCCUGAGCCAGAUGCCACUUCCACAUCAAAUUUCAAUGGAGUCACUAGUGACCAACAGGAGUCCAAUGCCGACGUCCCUCGCUGGGAUGCAUUUUUUAAGUGUAACAAACUAGAAGAAAGCUCUGAAAAUGAGGACAACUUCCCAUCUUCAGCAGAUGCUGGUGGGUCCCAGUCACUCUUCAGUGAUUUGGAUGGAGUAAGCGACUCAACGCACAUCUCCUCCCAAAAUUCUUCUCAGUCGACGCACAUAUCGGAGCAGGGGAGCCAGGGCUGGGAUAGCCAAACGGACACAGUCCUCAUUACCUCCCAAGAGAGAAACGCCUUGGACUUGAGCUGCUUCGGCAAAGGUGGGAGCAGAGCGGUUGUUUCUGUAUUGCAGGAGACCGCCAAAGACAGUCAGCCUGACAACAGUAGGUGGAAGCCAGUGGGUCAAAAUAGAUCGUGUGCCGAUGACGUUGCCUGUGACUUGAAAAGCAAAGGCCGCGAGAAAGAUGCAGAAGCCGGCACUGCUCACGUUCAAGAUGUGCUGGGGGAAACGAGUGACAGCUCCAGGACUCCUGAUCUAGAACUGAGGAGGGACUCGCAGAGCUCCUCUGACUUCGAAAUUCCCUUGACUCCUGAUGCUGAAGUGCCUCAGCCAGAUAAACUGCACUGUUUAUAUAAGAAGCUAGCGGCAGGUGAAAGCAUACUCAAUGAGAAGAAAGUCUCCUGAAGACAGGUAUAACUGAUGACAACAUGAAAAUAAAUACCAAAAUUUGUUUAUUAAGCCCAGAAUUAUUUUUCUCCUUAGUGCUGAUUACUAUCUGCAGCUAUGCUAAUUCAUGCAGUUUUUUCAGAAAUACCUUGCUGUCAGAACUAGAAAUUUGCAGCCUGUGUAACUUUAUGGUUCCUUCCAUGAAAUACUGAAAAGGAAGUAUUCCUAGGAGGGACUGUAAAAGCCUUCUGCCUCUCGAGGUUCAGUUCUCGGGGACUGCAAGUACGCAAAAAAUGGACCAGACAAAACUACGGGUAGAACACUAAAUGAAAUUUAGUGUUUCUCUCUAUCAUGAGCUCUACGAGUUUGCCUUUGAUGUAUAUGUGAUCUCAGAUUUUAAUAAAAUACCACAUCUUUAACUGGGGAGGAACAUGACAUCUUUUAGCAACGACAUAGUUGCACUUCGACUUUAAUCCUGUGUUUUCACUGCAGUUAUUUUUAAAAACAACUGCAGAACAGAUUAGAGAAUUACUGAGAAAGGUUUGUUGUGUUUUUUUUUUUUAAAUCAAAUUGUUCUUUUCAAGCAGUCUCUCUUUACACUGAGCAAAUGGUGUCAUCCAAUUUAACUCCCGAAUGAGGUACUGUGUACAACAUACAUUGUCUAUGGUUUAAAUUUAUGGUUUAAAUCUUAACUCGCCGCAAACAACUUGUCAUCAGUUCCUCCGUGUUUUGGCUUGUUCUGAAUUGUUUUUCAGAACCACAUAAAAAUCAAAUCCCGCGGCAUUUGGUUCCAAAGCCACCAGCAGUAGCCUGCUCUGGAGGCUAAGUCACAGCAACAGAAGGGAACCUCUUACCCUGGACAGGUGAUUGUUACUCAAGGCUCUUUUACACUACCAAAUUCCUCCUCCUCUGCAACAUUCCGUUGACUUCAUUGAGUUCAGACAUGUUUAGACUUCUUUUUUUAAAUCAAGACAAUAGAUUCUCUAUGCACGUGUGCCAUCAUAACUAAGCCAAAAUUCUUAGCUUCUAAAAGGGAAAUUUCAUUCAGGUUUUUGUUAAACCGCGCUGCCUACAAAAAUGCCUAAACAGCAGAAGUCACCUAAAAAUCCAUGAGGCUUCCCAUCUAUGUGGUCUGAAGUCCCAACGAAUUAAACAGACUUUCAGUGUGACAGCUCUCCCCUCCGAGCAUGUCUUCAGUCCUUCUGCCAUCUUUAGCGAUACGUGAACGUUAAACCAGCCAGCAUUCUGCUAUUGGGAACAGUGGCGGGGGGGAGGACAGGACAGGAUGCCCAAAAAAAGAAAAGUUGCUAUCAGCUAUCAUCUAUGUAUGGUUUUAAGGAUAUUCAAGUCCAUGUAGUUCUCCACUGUCACCUCGCCCACUCUGUUCCUGGGGUUUGCUAAAAUAAUCUCCAAACAUGGUCUAUCAACUCUUUUUUUUUUUUUAGCAAGCUUGAGUGAAACUCCUGUUGUAACUACCUCUGUGAAUAAAGUCAUACAGCGCAGAAUGUCUCCUCUUGGCUUGUUUCCUUAACUGUACCGUACAUGUAAGUUCCGGCUGCGUUUACAGCGUGCUUAAAUAUACAGGAACCCAGUCUGCUUUAGACAAGUCAACAGUGUAAAUUUAUACCAGUUCUUACCAGCCAUAAACCG